AAAUCAGGUUCAAAGUAGACGUAGGGGUCUUAAGGCGUGACAAAUCCAGCAAUGGCAGCUUCAUCUUCUUCGACAUCAAGCAGCAAUAGUUACGAUGUCCCAUGGGUGGAGAAGUACAGACCGACCAAAGUAGCCGACGUUGUUGGGAACGAAGAUGCCGUCUCAAGGCUUCAAGUCAUCGCCAGAGAUGGCAACAUGCCCCAUCUCAUCUUGGCCGGGCCUCCAGGAACUGGUAAGACGACAAGUAUUCUGGCCCUUGCGCAUGAGCUAUUGGGAGCAAAUUGCAAGGAAGCUGUGCUAGAGCUUAAUGCAUCUGAUGACAGGGGAAUCGAUGUCGUGAGAAACAAGAUUAAAAUGUUUGCCCAGAAGAAAGUAACGCUGCCCCCAGGACGGCACAAAAUAAUAAUUUUGGACGAGGCAGACAGUAUGACAUCUGGAGCACAACAAGCUUUGAGGCGUACAAUGGAAAUUUAUUCAAACUCCACACGUUUUGCUCUUGCAUGUAAUAUGUCUUCUAAGAUAAUUGAGCCCAUCCAGAGUAGAUGUGCACUUGUUCGUUUUUCUAGAUUAUCAGACCAAGAGAUUCUUGCCCGUCUUAUGAUAGUGGUCGAAGCUGAGCAGGUUCCGUAUGUGCCCGAAGGCCUUGAAGCAAUUAUUUUCACUGCUGAUGGUGAUAUGAGGCAGGCUUUGAAUAACUUGCAGGCCACAUACAGUGGUUUUCGUUUUGUCAAUCAAGAAAAUGUGUUCAAGGUCUGUGACCAGCCUCACCCCUUACACGUGAAGAAUAUGGUACAUAAUGUACUUGAGGGGAAAUUUGAUGAUGCCUGUUCUGGGCUGAAGCAUCUCUAUGAUUUGGGCUAUUCCCCAACUGAUAUAAUCACAACCAUUUUCCGGAUAAUUAAGAACUAUGAUAUGGCCGAGUAUCUAAAAUUAGAAUUCCUGAAGGAAACUGGAUUUGCACACAUGAGGAUCUGUGAUGGAGUUGGCUCACUUCUUCAGCUAUCUGGUCUCCUAGCCAAGCUUGCUCUAGUUCGGGAAACUGCUAAAGCCAUGUAGGUUUGACCUGGUCUUAGCUAAGAUCUCUUGGAUAUUCAAAGAUGUGUAUGGGAUCAUGAAUUUGGCUUCU